AUGGAUUCAGACGAAAAUAUUCCUGGAGUUUUACUUUCGUUGCCAACAGUACGAUCAAAUCAGACGCAUCGAAUAAUUCGUAUACAGUGGAAGUUGAAUACAAGCUUGCCAUUAAUAUGCCCUUUCAAUACAUACGCUUUUGCCAAAUCGGAUAACGAGUUGUUGGAAUAUCAAACAGAUGAGAACCACUAUCAGUUCGAAUCUCUUAAAAUAGAUGAAACAUACCGUGUUGGAGUGCUGGUAAAAUCUACGCAACGUUUCGUUGAAAAUAGAAUGUAUGUUAUGUGUAAGUUUAACUGGUAUCGUUUACUGUGA